CUGGGUUACAGAUACUACCGUGAAGGAGAGCCGUCACAAUUAGCUGUUGUUGAUAUCUUUGUCAGUACAGUGGACCCCCUGAAGGAGCCUCCUCUUGUCACUGCCAAUACUGUGUUAUCCAUUCUUUCUGUUGACUACCCAGUUGACAAGGUUUCUUGCUAUGUGUCCGAUGAUGGUGCUGCGAUGCUGACAUUUGAAGCUUUAUCGGAGAUUGCAGAAUUUGCAAGGAAAUGGGUACCUUUCAGCAAGAAAUACGGCAUUGAGCCACGAGCUCCAGAGUGGUACUUUGCACAGAAGAUUGAUUACUUGAAGGAUAAAGUUCAUCCUUCAUUUGUCAAGCAUCGCAGAGUAAUGAAGAGAGAAUAUGAAGAGUUUAAAGUCCGCAUCAACGGACUGGUGGCCAAGGCAACAAAAGUUCCAGAAGAAGGAUGGAUCAUGCAAGAUGGUACCCCGUGGCCUGGAAAUAACACCAGAGACCAUCCUGGAAUGAUCCAGGGUUUCUUAGGUCAAAGUGGAGGUCUUGAUACCGAGGGUAACGAGUUGCCUAGAUUAGUUUAUGUUUCUCGUGAAAAGCGUCAUGCCUCUUCACACCACAAGAAAGCUGGUGCCAUGAAUGCUCUUGUUCGUGUAUCAGCUGUGCUGACAAACGGGCCUUUCUUGUUGAAUCUUGAUUGUGAUUCAUACAUAAACAACAACAAGGCUGUAAGAGAAGCUAUGUGCUUCCUGAUGGAUCCCAACCUCGGGAAACAUGUCUGUUAUGUUCAAUUUCCUCAGAGGUUCGAUGGGAUUGAUAAGAGUGAUCGAUAUGCUAACCAAAAUACAGUUUUCUUUGACAUGAACUUGAGGGGUUUAGAUGGCAUUCAAGGUCCUGUAUAUGUUGGAACAGGAUGUGUUUUCAACAGAACCGCCUUGUAUGGUUAUGAACCUCCUCUGAAGCCCAAGCACAAAAAGGAAGGUUUUCUGUCUCUACUUUGUGGUGGACCUUGA